ACAUUUUGACGAAAAGUUCGCCAAAAACCCUACUCUCCUAUUCUGCAUAGGACUUCUCCUUGAUACAUCAAGGGCACACUUCGUUGUUCGAUAUAGCGGCAGCUAAUCUUCGUAGACGAUUAAGCCUGUAGAAGGCCCCUGGGAGUAACAUGGCGACUUUUGCUAAACCGGAAAAUGCUUUGAAACGAGCUGAAGAACUGAUAAAUGUUGGACAGAAACAAGAUGCACUGCAAGCUCUUCAUGAUCUUAUUACAUCAAAGAGGUACAGGGCAUGGCAGAAAACACAUGAAAAGAUUAUGUUCAAGUACAUUGAACUUUGUGUUGACAUGAGGAGGGGUAGAUUUGCCAAAGACGGUCUGAUCCAGUACCGCAUAAUUUGUCAGCAAGUUAAUGUUAAUUCUUUAGAGGAAGUCAUAAAGCACUUUAUGGAUCUUUCAACCAAGAAGGCUGAGUUGGCUCGAAGUCAGGCACAGGCUUUAGAAGAAGCUCUGGAUGUCGAUGACCUUGAAGCUGAUAAAAGACCAGAAGAUCUAAUGCUGAGCUAUGUUAGUGGUGAAAAGGGAAAGGAUCGUUCAGAUAGGGAGCUUGUGACCCCAUGGUUUAAAUUUUUGUGGGAGACAUAUAGAACAGUUCUUGAAAUUCUGCGAAACAACUCUAAAUUGAUGGCCCUGUAUGCGGAUACAGCACAUCGUGCUUUCCAGUUCUGCAAACAAUACAAAAGGACAACCGAGUUUCGCAGGCUCUGUGAGAUAAUCAGGAAUCAUCUUGCAAACCUAAACAAGUACCGAGACCAGAGGGACAGGCCUGAUCUGACUGCACCAGAAAGUUUACAUUUUUAUCUUGAUACAAGAUUUGAGCAGUUGAAAGUUGCAACUGAGCUUGAACUAUGGCAGGAAGCCUUUCGUUCAGUAGAGGAUAUAUAUGGAUUGACGAGCAUGGUUAAGAAAAUGCCGAAAUCUUCCUUGAUGGCUGUAUAUUAUGCAAAGUUAACUGAGAUCUUCUGGAUUUCUUCUAGCCACUUAUAUCAUGCUUAUGCGUGGUUCAAGCUUUUCCAACUUCAAAAGAGCUUCAAUAAAAACCUGAACCAGAAAGACCUGCAAUUGAUAGCAUCUUCAGUUCUGUUAGCUGCACUUUCAGCUCCUCCCUAUGAUCACCUGAAAAGUGCAUCUCAUUUGGAAUUGGAACAUGACAAAGAGCGAAAUCUAAGAAUGUACAAUCUUAUUGGGUUUAAUAUUGACGUCAAGCUUGAGACAAGAGAAGCGCUCUGUCGGUCUUCCCUUCUUGCUGAUCUGGUUUCUAAAGGGGUGAUGACCUAUGUAACUCAGGAAGUAAAGGAUCUUUACCAUCUUUUGGAAAAUGAGUUUUUGCCUCUGGAUUUGGCAUCAAAGGUACAGCCUCUGUUGGCAAAGAUAGCAAAACUUGGGGGCAAAUUGUCUUCAGCAUCUUCUGUACCAGAAGUGCAGCUGUCUCAGUACAUUCCUGCCUUGGAAAAAGUAGCUACCUUAAGACUGCUGCAACAGGUCUCUCAAGUGUAUCAGACAAUGAAAGUUGAGACUCUAUCAAGAAUGGUUCCUUUUUUUGACUUCCCAUCUGUGGAGAGGAUAUCUGUUGAUGCUGUCAAACAUAAUUUUAUUGCUAUGAAAGUUGACCACAUGAAGGGUGCAAUUAUAUUUGGUGACUUGGGCUUUGAAUCAGACAUUCUGCAGGAUCACCUUAGUGUUUUGGCUGUAAACUUGAAUAAAUCAAGGUCAAUGAUAUAUCCAUCUCAAACAAAAGCAUCAAAAUUGAGUGCUAUGCUGCCAAGUUUGGCGGAUAUUGUAGAUAAAGAGCACAAAAAGCUUCUUGCUCGGAAAUCUAUUAUUGAGAAACGCAAGGAGGAACAGGAACGUCACCUACUUGAGAUGGAACGAGAAGAGGAGACAAAAAGACUAAAGCUUCAGAAGAAAACUGAAGAGGCAGAACAGAAAAGGCUCGCAACUGAAUUUGAAGAAAGGAAGCACCAACGCAUUCUUAGGGAAAUUGAGGAGCGCGAGCGUGAAGAAGCCCAAGCAUUACUAAAUGACGUUGGAAAGCGUAUUAAAAAGAAAGGAAAGAAGCCAAUCAUUGAGGGGGAGAAAGUGACAAAGCAAACUUUGAUGGAGUUAGCGCUACAAGAACAAGUUAGAGAGAGGCAGGAAAUGGAAAAAAAAAUGCAAAAACUAAUUAAAACUAUGGAUCACUUUGAAAGAGCAAAGAGGGAAGAGGCAGCCCCUCUGAUUGAAGCUGCAUUUCAAAGCCGUUUAGCUGAAGAGAAACUGCUUCAUGAACGUGAACAGCAGCUUGAGGUUGAGCUGAGCAGAGAGCGUCAUGAUGGAGAUCUGAAGGAGAAGUAUAGGCUUGCUCGGGUUAUAGAACAUAAGAUGGAAUUUCAGGAAAGAGUUGUGAACCGCCGCCAGGCGGCAUACAACAGAAUGAGAACCGAGAGGGAGGAACGACUUAGCCAAAUUAUGAAGGCACGAAAAGAGGAGAGAGAGAUCAAGAGGAAAAUGUUGUACUAUGUGAAAACUGAAGAGGAAAGGCUGAACCGGUUGCGUGAGGAGGAGGAAGCUCGCAAACGUGAAGAGGCUGAAAGGAGAAAGAAAGAGGAAGCGGAACGUAGGGCAAAACUGGAUGAAAUUGCAGAAAGACAGAGGAAAAGAGAACAGGAACUGGAAGAAAGAGAGAGGCUUAGGAAGGAAGCUAUCUUAAGGGGAACACCGAUUGAUGGACCAACCAGGCCUUCUGAACAUCCAGCGGCAGCAGCGGCUCCAGCAGCAGCGGCGGCGGCGGCUCCAGCGGCAGCAGCUGCUGCUUCAGGCUCUGCUGGUGGGAAGUAUGUGCCAAAGUUCCGUAGAAGUGGGCCAGCAGAGCCGGCGGCAGCGUCUCCAGCAGCAUCGGUGCAGUCUGAUAGGUGGGGGAGUGGAAAGGUGGCAGAUGAUCGUGGUGCCCCACCAAGCGACAAAUGGCGACCUUCAUUCGGUGGUAACAGUGGUGCUGCAAAGAGUUGGUCGUCAUCGAGGUUCUCGCGGUGAGAGGUUGAAGUUGAGUUUUUGAGAAAUUAUUUUUGAAUUAUGGGAAGAACUAGAAUUGUAAUAAAGACAAAAGGAUGUGUUUGUGCAUUUUUGUUUUGAAAGAGACUGUAAUGUUAAGAUUGUUUUGCUUGCUGUCUAUUUUUCUAAUUUACUUUCGCCAACGACUUGUUAAC